CGAGCAGGCAAGGGGGAGGGAGUGGGAGCUGGAGCGGGAGCGCGAGGGAAGGCAGGCUGGCCGCCGGGCAGGCGGGCGCCGAGCCGAGGAACAGAGCCCUGGGAUCCCUCCCAGGCCGGGCCGCGAUGCCCCUGGCCGCUCCCGCCGAUGCGAGGGCUGGGCCUUGCGGGUCGCCGCUGAGGCAGGAGAGGCCGGCCGGGAUGGAGCCGCUGCCGCCCGUGAUCGCAGAAACUUGAUCUGCGACAGAUAAACCUCUGCUCAGGUCUCUGCGCCCUCCUCCCAAACCCCUGCGCUGCGGGUGCAGGACCCAGAGGUUCGGACCGCGGCCACUGCGCUCCUUUGGAGCAGGGGCGGAGGGGGGGGUUGGCCGCGGCUCCCCGAGGCCAGCCCCCCCGGAGUGAGUGCGGCCACCAUGGCGGACGGGUCGCCGCGGCCCCCACUUUAUCGCAGCGUCUCUUUCAAACUGCUGGAACGCUGGAGCGGCGGACCCGGGCCGAGGGAGGAGGACACGGACACCUCUGGGUUGCAGCGCCGCGCCUCGUGCCGGCCAGCCACGACAGUCCCGGGCCAGCCCUCCCGGCGCGUGUCCAAGCUGGCGUCGGGGCCCCCGGCCGCCCCCGCGCAGCCGCGCCCGCUCCGCAGCCUCUCGCCAUCGGUGCGCCAGCUCUCCCGGCGCUUCGACGCGCCGCGUCUGGACGACGACUCCGCUGGGGCCCGGGACGGGGGCGUCUCCCCCGCGGCCGCGGAAGAAGCGACUGAAGGCGCUGCUCGUGGGGCUUGGCCCAGCGUCACCGAGAUGCGCAAGCUCUUCGGCGGCCCUAGCUCCAGGCGGCCCAGUGCGGACUCGGAGGCCCCGGGAAUACCCAGCCCCGACAGUGCCGCGUGGGAGCCCCCGACUCGGGAGUACCGGCAGCCGCCGACGCCACCUCCUCGGACGUGCUUUCCUCUGGCGGGCCUGCGUUCAGCGCGACCGCUGUCCGGAUCCGGGAUCGAGGAGAGGCGGCGGCGGCAGCAGCAGCAACAGGAGCGAGCGCAGCGUCCGGCGGAUGGUUUACAUUCUUGGCAUAGCUUCUCGCAACCGCAGGCCGGGGCCCGGGCCUCCUGCUCCUCCUCCUCCUCCAUCGCCUCCUCCUAUCCUGUCAGCCGCAGCCGGGCUGCCAGCUCCAGCGAGGAGGAAGAGGAGGGCCAGCCGCCGCAGCCCAGGGUGCAGAGUCCGGCCUACCACCGCGGCCACUCCUCGGGCAGUGACGAGGACCUAGACGGUGAGGGCGGCCACCGCUGGAGAGGGAGGCCGGAGCUCGGGCCUGAAAAUUCCCUAUUGGAUCAGGACUGCAGGCUGGACAGUGAUGGGUUAAAUUUGGGCAGCAUGGACUCCGCAGGGGGAGUCAGGAGCCCUGAACCUCCAAUGUCUCCAAGAGCCCCGAUGGAGGAGGGACCCAGGGAGUGGGGUACUGGCCCGCAGCCCUGCGUCUCAGGUCCCCAGGAGGGCUUGCGGCCUAUGUCCGACAUUGUGGGAGGUACUUUCCGGGUGGCCAAGGUGAGCUUUCCCGCGUACCUGGCUAGCCCUGCAGGCUCCCGCGGUAGUAGCCGCUAUUCCAGCACCGAGACCUUAAAGGACGAUGACCUGUGGUCUAGCCGGGGUUCUGGGAGCUGGGGCGUGUACCGCUCCCCAAGUUUUGGAGCCGGGGAAGGACUCCUUCGGGCCCAGGCUCGGAGCCGUGCCAAGGGACAUGUGGGCACUACCAGGGCGUUGAAAGAUGGAGGAUUGGAGCUGGACAAGAGCCGGCAGCGAAAGUCCCUUUCAAAUCCAGAUAUUGCCUCGGAGACCCUGACACUGCUCAGUUUCCUUCGCUCAGACCUGUCAGAGCUGAGGGUCCGAAAACCCAGUGGGGGCCCUGGAAGCAGCCCCCUAGAUGGCAGAGGCUCACCAUCAGCAGGUAGCCCAGUGGAACAACCUGAGCCCAUGCCCUCCCAAGCCCCUCCAUCACCUGGCACCCGCCCCACACUCAAGGACUUGACGGCUACCCUGCGGAGAGCAAAGUCUUUUACUUGCUCUGAGAAGCCUAUGGCCAGGCGCCUGAUCCGCACCAGUGUUCUGAAGCCCAGCAGCUCUGAGCUCUUGCUGGGUGGCUCUGGGACUGAGGAGGAGCCUCUGCCACUGGUGGUCCAGGAUCAGUAUGUGCAGGAGGCCCGUCAGGUUUUUGAGAAGAUCCAGCGUAUGGGAGCCCAGCAGGAUGAUGGAAGUGAUGUUCCUCCUAGAAGUCCUGACUGGGCAGGGGACAUGACACAAGGACAGCGAUCCCAGGAGGAGCUCUCUGGACCUGAGUCCAGCCUGACAGAUGAGGGCAUUGGGGCAGACCCUGACCCUCCUGGUACAGCCUUUUGCAGCCUGGGUCCCACAGGGGUGUGGCGACCACUUUCCUCAUCCUCAGCUCAGACAAACCACCAUAGUCCUGGGACAGAGGAGAGUCUGGGUGGGUGGGGCCUGGUGUCCCCUGAAACCCCUUCCACACCAGGUGCCCUCCGCAGGAGACGAAAACUCCCACCUUCAUCAGGUCCAGGUGGGAAUGAACUGAGCAAUGGGGAGACAAAUGAGGCCUACAGGUCCCUGAGUGACCCGAUUCCACAACGCCACCGGCCUGCCACCUCUGAGGAGCCCUCUGGGUUCUCCAUGGACAGCAAUCUCUUGGGCUCACUGAAUUCCAAAACAGGGCUUCCAGUGACCCCAGCUGUGGAUGAGGGCUUGACCAGUGGCCACAGUGACUGGUCUGUGGGUAGUGAAGAAAGCAAGGGGUAUCAGGAGGUUAUUCAGAGCAUUGUUCAGGGCCCUGGUGCUCUGGGGCGUGUGGGGGAAGAUAGGGUUGCUGCCAAGGCCCCCAAGAAGAAAUCUCUGAGUGACCCAAGUCGUCGUGGGGAGCUGGCAGGGCCUGGAUUUGAGGGCCCUGGAGGGGAGCCCAUCCGAGAAGUCGAGCCCGUACUGCCUCCAUCCAGCAGUGAGCCUAUCCUUGCAGAGCAGCGGGCAGAGCCAGAAGACUCUGGUCCUGCCAGGGGCCGGGCACAAUCUGAGAAGGCCUUACCUGAGGCCCCACCUGCCUCCUCCACUUCCCACCAUGACUUUCACCUUGAUGCCAAGCUAGCUGACAUCCUGUCCCCAAGGCUCAUCCGACGAGGCUCCAAGAAGCGUCCAGCCCGGAGCAGUCACCAGGAACUUCGGAGAGAGCAGGGCAAUCAGGACCAGAGUGACAGCCUGUCUCAGUCUCGGCCCUCUGCCAAACAUGUUCGCCACGCCAGUGUGCCUGCCACCUUCACACCUAUUGUGGUGCCUGAGCCUUCGACUUCUGUCGGACCCCCUGUGGCUGUGCCAGAGCCUGCUCGACCCCACCCCACAUUGCAGGCACCAUCACUCGAAGAUGUCACCAAGCAGUACAUGCUGACCCUCCACUCGGGUGAGGCCCCUGUCUCAGGGCCUGUGGACCUACCCUGUUUGACUCCUGCUGCACUGCCCUCUGCUGAGGCCAAGCCUCCUGAGGUGUCCCAGGCUCCAGAGAAGCCUGCCCCAGCCAGCAAGUACUGCAGCAAGCCACAGGUGGACAUGCGGAAGCACGUGACCAUGACCCUGCUGGACACGGAGCAGUCAUAUGUGGAGUCGCUGCGUACCCUGAUGCAGGGCUACAUGCAGCCGCUGAAGCAGCCAGAGAACUCCUUGCUGUGUGACCCAUCGCUGGUGGAUGAGAUCUUCGACCAGAUCCCCGAGCUCCUGGAACACCACGAGCAGUUCCUGGAGCAGGUGCGACACUGUGUACAGACCUGGCAUGCUCAGCAGAAAGUGGGGGCCCUGCUCGUCCAAUCGUUCUCCAAAGAUGUCCUGGUAAACAUCUACUCUGCCUAUAUUGAUAACUUCCUCAAUGCAAAGGACGCCGUGCGUGUGGCUAAGGAGGCAAAGCCUGCCUUUCUCAAGUUCCUAGAGCAAAGCAUGCGUGAGAACAAGGAGAAACAGGCACUGUCUGACCUCAUGAUCAAGCCGGUGCAGCGGAUCCCACGCUACGAGCUUCUGGUGAAGGACCUCUUGAAGCACACACCUGAAGACCACCCAGACCAUCCACUUCUGCUAGAUGCGCAGCGGAACAUCAAGCAGGUGGCUGAACGCAUCAACAAGGGCGUUCGGAGUGCUGAGGAGGCAGAGCGGCACGCCCGUGUGCUACAGGAGAUCGAGGCCCACAUUGAGGGCAUGGAGGAUCUCCAGGCCCCUCUGCGACGGUUCCUGAGGCAGGAGAUGGUCAUUGAAGUGAAGGCAAUUGGUGGCAAGAAGGACCGGUCCCUCUUCCUGUUCACAGACCUUAUCGUCUGCACCACUCUGAAGCGAAAGUCCGGCUCUCUGCGGCGCAGCUCCAUGAGCCUGUACACAGCAGCCAGCGUCAUCGACACGGCCAGCAAGUACAAGAUGCUGUGGAAGCUGCCGCUGGAGGAUACAAGCAUCAUCAAAGGGGUGUCCCAAACCACCAAUCGGGAGAGCAUCCAGAAGGCCAUCAGCCGCUUGGAUGAGGACCUGACCACCCUGGGCCAAAUGAGCAAGCUUUCUGAGAGCCUCGGCUUUCCCCAUCAGAACCUGGAUGACGCACUGAGGGAUCUCUCAGCCGCCAUGCACAGGGACCUGUCGGAAAAGCAGGCACUGUGCUAUGCGCUUUCCUUCCCACCUACUAAGCUGGAGUUGUGCGCCACCCGGCCUGAGGGCACUGACUCCUUCAUCUUCGAGUUUCCCCACCCGGAUGCUCGCCUGGGCUUCGAACAGGCCUUUGAUGAGGCCAAGAGAAAGCUGGCAUCAAGCAAAAGCUGUCUAGAUCCUGAGUUCCUGAAGGCCAUUCCCAUCAUGAAAACUCGCAGCGGCAUGCAGUUUUCAUGUGCAGCCCCCACCCUCAGCAGCUGCCCAGAGCCUGCCCCCGAGGUAUGGGUGUGCAACAGUGACGGUUACGUGGGCCAGGUGUGCCUGCUGAGCCUGCGUGCCGAGCCUGACGUGGAGGCCUGCAUCGCAGUCUGCUCAGCACGAAUCCUCUGCAUUGGAGCAGUGCCAGGCCUGCAGCGUCGCUGCCAUCGGGAACAGUCAGAGUCACUGAGGAGCCCUCCAGAAACCACCUCUGAACCUGCUGGGCCAGAGCUGGAUGUCGAGGCUGCAGCAGACGAAGAAGCAGCAGUGCUGGCAGAGCCAGGACCUCAGCCUUGCCUACACAUCUCCAUCUCAGGCUCUGGCCUGGAGAUGGCACCAGGUCCUGCUGAGGGUGAACCCCGCCCUGAGUUGGUGCCGUUUGACAGCGACUCUGAUGAUGAAUCUUCACCCAGCCCCUCAGGGACUCUGCAGAGCCAAGCCAGCCGGUCCACCAUCUCCUCCAGCUUUGGCAAUGAGGAGACCCCAAGCUCCAAGGAGGCCACGGCAGAAACAACCAGCUCAGAGGAAGAGCAGGAGCCUGGCUUCCUGCCCCUGUCUGGCUCCUUUGGGCCUGGCGGUCCCUGCGGCACCAGCCCAAUGGAUGGAAGAGCCCUUCGCCGCUCCAGCCGUGGCUCCUUUACACGGGGCAGCCUCGAGGACCUGCUGAGCGUGGACCCUGAGGCUUACCAGAGCUCUGUGUGGCUGGGCACUGAGGAUGGCUGUGUCCAUGUGUACCAGUCCUCUGACAGCAUCCGUGACCGCAGGAACAGCAUGAAGCUUCAGCACACAGCCUCUGUAACCUGCAUCCUGUAUCUAAAUAACCAGGUGUUUGUGUCUCUGGCCAAUGGAGAACUUGUUGUCUACCAAAGGGAAGCAGGCCGCUUCUGGGACCCCCAGAACUUCAAAUCAGUGACACUGGGUGCUCAGGGGAGCCCCAUCACCAAGAUGGUGUCUGUGGGUGGACGGCUGUGGUGUGGCUGCCAGAACCGAGUUCUUGUCCUAAGCCCUGACACACUGCAGCAGGAGCACACAUUCCACGUGGGGCAGGAUUCAAGCCGAAGUGUGGCUUGCAUGGUGGACUCCAGCCUGGGCGUGUGGGUGACACUGAAAGGUAGCGCCCAUGUGUGUCUCUACCACGCAGACACCUUUGAGCAGCUGGCAGAGGUAGACGUCACACCCCCUGUGCACAGGAUGCUGGCAGGCUCAGAUGCCAUCAUCAGGCAGCACAAGGCUGCCUGCCUGCGGAUCACAGCGCUGCUGGUAUGUGAAGAGCUGCUGUGGGUGGGCACCAGUGCUGGUGUCGUGCUCACCAUGCCCACCUCUCCCAGUACUGUCAGCUGCCCACGGGCACCUCUCAGCCCUACUGGCCUAGGCCAGGGACACACUGGCCACGUCCGCUUCCUGGCUGCAGUCCAGCUGCCCGAUGGCUUCAACCUGAUUUGCCCAACCCCACCACCUCCCCCAGACACAGGUCCCGAAAAGCUGCCAUCCCUGGAAUAUCGGGGAUCCCCUCGGCACCGUGGCCCUGCCUCAGCCAAGCCUAAAAUGCUGGUUAUCAGUGGAGGUGACGGCUAUGAGGACUUCCGACUCAGCAGCGGAGGUGGUGGCAGCAGUGAGACCGUGGGCCGAGAUGACAGCACAAACCACCUCCUCCUAUGGAGGGUGUGACCCUGUCCACUGUGCCUGGGACUCAUCUGCCUACCUGCCCUCAGUCUGCUUGCCUCUUCCCAACCUACAUGCUGACCUUGACCAGCGUGUCCAAACAAAGGAACACCCAUGCCUGUAUGGGCUCUGUCUCAUUGUCACAGAAGCACUCCUUGAUGGAACACCUGCUGGCCAGCCAGUUCAGGCCUCUCCCACCCCCUGACUGCUCCCGGUCAUCACCCGGGUGGGGGCAUGCAGACUGCCCAGGACCUCUGUCCCUGGAGCUUCUACCAAAGACACAGCUGGACCUGGACCCCACAGGGCUGGGGAGGUCAUGUGCAAUAUUUGGAGGGUUUUCCGGGGCAGCAGGAAGACUGAGGGCAGCAUCCUUUCCCGUGUACAGUAUUUAUGUUCCUUUUUAGAUGAGUACUUUCCAAAGCACUUAUUUAUGCAGUGCCCUGGGGCUGGCAUGAUGUAAGGAAAUGACAGGAGGAAAAAGCCUAUUUCUGCCGAGGGGCCACCCUGGGACCCUGAUCCAGCCUUCCUGAAGGGACCAAUGCUCCCAGCGCCCCCAGUCUCUCUUUCUCUCUCUCUCUCUCUCUCUCUCUCUCUCUCUCACACACACACACACACACACACGCACACACACUGCAUGUUCAGGACACUGAAAUACUGCCCCUUAAACCUUCCUAACCCACCCUGAUCCAGAGGCCAGGACCAACUGCCCUCAGUCACCCAAACAAGAUGACUAUUAGAGGGCAGUGACCCCCUACUGGGGGGCCUCCAAGGCUUUGCAUUUCCCAGGGUGUUGGUGGUGCCUUUAAUGGCGUCUUAAUUGGAGGAUACUGGUGGAGUCUUGGACAGGGCUUCCUCUCAGGUAAGAGAAAGGGGCCCUCACUCCUCGAAGUCAGCCCUAACCACAGCCCUUGCCUCCCUGUGUCUCAUGCACUGGCACUUGGGUCACCUUGGGGGGUGGUGAACCUAGGAGCUCCCUCACUCUGACCACUGAAUCCCUCUCCUCACAACCCCUCCUGCCAGGGGAGCCAACUUCAGGAAGGCUUCCCCUCACCCCCAAAGCUGCGGGGCUGGUCAUGGCUUCUUUACUGGGAAGGUUCCUACUUGAGAGCAGCCUCUUCCCCGCUUCCCAGGCUGCAGGAAGCCACCCUCAGCCCUUUGCUUCAGCUACAACUCCAAAGGUCUGGUUUCAGAUGGGUUUGUUCUGUUUGGUUUUGCUUUUGUUUGGGGUGGGCAGGUCAUUGCAGUCUUAGAUUAUGUUCUCUUGCUACCAGUCAUGUAUUAACUCUCCUUGGAUGAAAUUUAAAGUCAAUAAAUAGAAACACCAAAUGACUCCUCCGCAUUGGCCGUGGGCCGAAGUGGCUCUGCUAGCAUCCUCAGGGCUAUGUCUCCCCAGCCAUGAGGGCUUCCCUAGGCUGACUCCACUUGGGCAGAGUGAAGGCCUUGGAGACCCAAAAGAGUGCUGGGAUGGCGAAACUGCCACUGACUUGCUGUGUUACCCUGAGCAGGUUGCUGCCUCUGUCUGGGCUUCAGUUU